AAAUACUUUCGAAUUCAUCAUAGACAAACCAAAACCCCAAGAAAAACAAUGGCACUCAUGCUCUCAUCUCAGGCCACCACUCUCCUUAACCGACCGCCGAUCCGUCCCUCCAUCUCUAGGUUUUCCAGCGGUAUCUCUCUCCCACGCGCCACCGGUUCCGUUUCUUUCCCAAUACAGCACCAGCAAAAAACCCUAAACCCUCUCUCUGUUUCCCCUUCCAUCAAAACCCCUUCAAUUAGGGUUUCUGCUUCACAAACUCCCUGUCUAACCCCACCCCAAACACAGCAACAAUCCACCUUACUCACCGGGUCAACUCGGACAAUCACAACAAUCCUAGCCCUAGCUUUAACUCUAUCACGCAUAUGCCUAAAUUCAAUCUCAAUUCUACCCAAAUUAGCCCUGCAAAACGCUAGCAGCCUUGCCCAAUCAGUGGGUCCCCUGUUUUUCGCAGCGAUGAACGACCGCCCGAGCGGGUACUUGAACACUCCAUUGACUGUUGUAGCUGCUGGUUUAGCUAAGUGGCUUGAUAUAUACAGUGGGGUUUUGAUGGUUAGGGUUUUGCUGAGUUGGUUUCCUAAUAUUCCGUGGGAUCGACAGCCUUUAUCGGCUAUUAGGGAUCUUUGUGAUCCUUAUUUGAACUUGUUUAGGAACAUAAUUCCUCCAAUUUUCGAUACUCUUGAUGUUAGUCCGCUUCUUGCAUUCGCGGUUUUGGGUACUCUUGGGUCUAUUCUUCAUAGCAGUGGUGGUGUUUACUGAAGUGGAAAGUAAGCAUUUUUAUUUAGCAAGCAAUAUUUUUGAUGUUUAUGUUUUUAUUAGCUUAUGUUAUUUUUCGAUUUUGCGGGUUUUAUUAGUUGUAAUAGUGGACUAGAUCAAUUUGGCUCAGAUAUAUAUAUGUUUUUGAACAGAUUAUACUGCUUGAUGAUCUAAUAAUUAUUCUUUUUUAAA